GCAAAAAAAAAAAAAGAAAAAAAAAAAAGGGGGAAAGUGGCCGCCGGUCGAGCAGCGAAGCAUGGAGCGGGACGACACCGACACCGUGAGCGCGUCUAAAAAGACAAUAAUUGCGAAGAUAUUCAAAGUUCGCAAGAGGAGGGAGAUGCUUUUCGUUCAGGUGUGCUUUAUCUGCAGUGUCCUCUUCGUGGCGUGGAGCAUGUCGGCGCUGUUGACCAAGACAGGCCAUGGGAUGUUAGUGGAGGGACAUCCGAACCAGGAACACUGGGGAAGACGGCUAAUGGCUUCAGCACCAGACAACGAAACGGAGCCGAAGAACUGUUCAGAGCCAGCAAUACACGAGUUCCCCGAUGACCUUUUCACCAACAAGGAACGAAAAAGUGGGGCCAUUCUGCUGCACAUUGUGGCGACGCUCUACAUGUUUCUGGCCCUCGCCAUAACCUGCGACGAGUACUUUGUGACAUCGCUGGAGAAACUCUGUGAGAAACUAGAUCUGAGCGAAGAUGUUGCUGGAGCCACCUUCAUGGCAGCUGGCAGUUCUGCCCCAGAGCUUUUUGCAUCUGUCAUUGGUGUUUUCAUCACCCACGGUGAUGUGGGGGUGGGGACCAUCGUUGGCUCAGCAGUCUUCAACAUCCUUUGCAUCAUUGGUGUCUGCGGGAUCUUCGCUGGACAGGUGGUGAUACUGACCUGGUGGGCUGUUUUCAGGGAUUCCUUCUACUACAUCCUGUCUGUUUUGGCUUUGAUUGCAUUCAUCUACGAUGAGAAAAUAGUUUGGUGGGAGAGUUUGGUGCUGGUGCUCAUGUACGCAGGAUACAUCCUCGUCAUGAAAUUCAACUCCAGCAUGCAGAAAUUUUUCAUGGGGAAGUCGAAGAAGAACGUGGCCAAUGGUAACGCUGCGGCAAGCAGUGAGAUGGAGGACGUCAAGCCCAGCAAGGCUUACAGCCGUGGCUCAGUGGUGAUGGUGGACGAGAUCAUCAACGCCAGCCCUACAAAGUUCAGGUUUCCAGAGGCUGGCCUCCGUGUCAUGGUCACCAGCCAUUUUGGACCCAAGACCCGUCUGCGCAUGGCCAGUCGCCUCAUCAUUACAGAGCGCCAGAAGUUGGUCCAAGCUGCCAAUGGCGUGGAGACACAAGUGAUUGACGGGAAGGUUGAAAUCGAGAACGGGAACGUGCCAGAGGACAAACCCACCGAGGCGGAGGAAAAUGAAACCAUCUCACCGUUUCACAUUCCAAGAGGUAUUGGCAGCAAGUUCAAGUGGCUGAUCUCGUGGCCUCUGCUCCUGUUGCUGUUCUUCACCGUCCCCAACUGUGCCAAGCCUCGCUGGGAGAAAUUCUUCAUGGUUUCCUUCAUCCUGUCCACUGUCUGGAUUGCUGUCUUCUCCUACUUGAUGGUCUGGAUGGUCACUAUAAUUGGCUACACUCUGGGAAUCCCUGAUGUCAUCAUGGGCAUCACUUUCCUGGCAGCAGGCACCAGUGUCCCAGACUGCAUAGCCAGUCUCAUCGUGGCUCGGCAAGGUCUGGGAGACAUGGCGGUGUCCAACACAAUCGGCAGCAACGUGUUUGAUAUUCUGGUGGGACUGGGGGUUCCCUGGGCGAUACAGACCAUGUGUGUAAGCUAUGGAUCAGAGGUGAUGAUUAACAGUCGGGGGCUGGUGUACUCAGUGGUGCUUCUGCUGGGCUCUGUGGCCCUCACGGUUCUGGGGAUCCACCUGAAUAAGUGGAGGCUGGACAUGAAGCUGGGCAUCUAUGUCCUGGUCCUGUAUGCUGUCUUCCUCUGCUUCUCCAUCAUGAUCGAGUACAACGUCUUCACCUUCGUCAACCUGCCCAUGUGCAUGGAGGAGUAGAGCACAGCAGCAUGUCUCAGAUACCAAAACCUCAGUGCUCCCAUAGCAACUCCAAAAUAUCUUUUUUUCAGUAAUACUGGACCUAACUGCAGACUUUUUUUUUUUUUUCCUCCCCUGCACUCUCCCCUGUAAGCUUUUCAGUCCCAAUUAUGAAUCUUAUUUCCUCAAGAGGCAGUACACUGUAAUGGUGGACUCCAUUCUAUGUCUCUGAUUUGUCCUCUUGUCACACAGUGCCGGUCCUGAAUGCCCAUUAUUUUGGGCUUUGCCUGUUACUGCAGUAAAGUCUUUAGUUCCUCUGUGCACCUGUUAACUUUCUACCCAUCUAGCAUGCCUUUAGAUGUCGGGGACCUCCAGAGUCAUAAGUGCCCCUGUGGAUUGUUGGUGUGUGUUUUCAUUGUUCACAUUGUAGAUUUCCACACACCAUUUUCAAAGUCUUUCCACAAACCAAACCAGAGUCUGUGAAGAGAAAAAAAACAAUCCUACCACAAAUGCCGAUUCCAACCAAAACCCCUGUGUAGAGACUAGUCUCCUUAAAGUAAUUCCUAAAAGAUUUACCAAGUUACCCCAGCACUAAAGAAAAAAGUACACUCCUUUUUCCCUCUUGACCCCCUGGAGGAGGGCCUUGUCCUUGGCAGCUCCCCUCCUCCAGCCUGGACCUGACUCCCCUGGCAUGGCCUCUGGCAUCAGGGAGCAGAUACUGUUAGCGCUUCACUUCACACACCCUGCGCAACUCUUCCCAACCCUCAUCUGCUUGAUCAAAUCUGCUUUCUUUUCUUAAAAAAAAGACAUUCAGGACACUUUGUGUCAAAAUAAUUCACAGUCCAGAUCAGUUGACUGUGAGGGUGUUAUGCAUAUGCAGCACUGCACAAUGUAAACUUGUAAACACUUUUUUUGUUGUUGUUUUUUGUAUUUAUUUUUUCAAAACAAGGUUUUAUCUAGUAUGAAAUGUGGAGGAGAGCUUGUUGCAAAUAUAGGACAUGCCUGUUUUUCACUGAAACAAAUUGCACAUGGAAAUGCUUUUCUUGCUUUGUGCUGUAAGGAGAUUUGACCACUCAGAGGGGUAUUCAGGCUGGUGGUGGCGACUCCACUCCAGCAUUAUUGUCAUUCAGUGAUGGGUCGUUUCACUUUUCCCUCUGCACAACUUCAGAAAAAAACUGUCUCCAGAUAUGUGGGAUGCAUCUGAUUUUUGUCAUCAUCUGGUGAUUUGUUCUCAUCUUGAGACAGCAGCAGCAUGGAGGUAGUUGUUAUAAAAAAAAAAUGCAAAGAAACCAGGCAGUUCUCAAGACUGACUCUGCUAUAACACCCGUUGGCCAGUAGGGGGUACUGCAGCCCCUCUACCCAGGGCAAGGGUGCCAACCACAGCUGUCGGUUAUCAGGGAAACUCAGAAAAGGACAACUCCAAGAGGUGGCGAUGGUGAUGGUCUCUUGAUUUUGAGUUACAUGUAGAUAUUGCACUUUAACAGCCAUCCUCUCAUUCUGAAUCAACUAGUGCUUCCUUCUGUGCGUGUGUAUUUUCAGUGUAUAUGUGACUGUGUGUGUGUGCAAGAGAACAUUGUAUGUGUGUGUGUGUGUGCGCGUGUGUGUGUGUGCGUGCGCGUGCUCAGUACGGGCCCACGCUACGUUUUCUCACACCAGGCUCUUGACUCUCAGACUGGAACUUCGUUAACACCAUGAGCACACCCGCCUCUGUCUGCAGUGCAUGCUGGGACAUUAAACGCAGCUCCUCCACAGCACAGCAAAAGGCUGAGGGCUUCUGGGCGUAUCCAUGGAAACCGCCCCGACCCAUUUUACAAAAAUCGGCAGCUACGAGCUACACUGCAAUCCAGACAUUUUGACAUCAUGCAAAAAUGCCUGUGAAGAGUCCACAAGUGAGGUGCAGAGACUAAAAACUGAAAAGCGUGCGGGGAGCGUUUUAAGUGUUGAAAAUAUUCCUCUGCCACACUGCUGGCAGCAGGCUCUUGUAUAUGCAAUCUCAAUGUAAAGAAUUUAUGUGACAGAAGGCCCCCUGCCAGGUUGCCAUAUAAAGACGGGGGAUCCCCUGCGGAGAUGUAACGUCGGUUUGUCUCGUAGUACUUGAUGUGUGAGCUCACAGGUGUGUGUGUGUUUGACAGCUGAGGAACUAAGCCAAUGGCACGGACGCUUCUCUAACAGUGGGAUUGUGGAAAGUCUGAUUUUUUUUUUUUUUUUUUUUUUUU